AUGCACUUUUCAACGUCAUCUCUCAUAGUCAUCACGGUCGCCCUGGUUUGCCAGCUUUCAAACGCGCAUAAGAAACCCGAUGAGAAGCACACCAAAGUUGUGUUCAGCUGUCACAUGAAUCCCGACCCGAAUGUCCCGGGGCAAUAUAUCCAGGCAGUAUGUGGACGAGCCACCGAGCUCCUACAUCCUGAAGACCCAACUUCAACCCCUACCAAAUUUGCUUUUGUUGCGGCAAACUCCGUCACAGGUUCCAUUGUGGAUUACAACUGCAUUGACACCAAGAUGGACAACAACUACUGCUGUCUUGCUAAUACAUUUCCCUUCGACAAUCACGAAAUCGACACCGAUGCCAAUACGGUGACGAAGAACUGCAAAGUCAUCCCUGGAAACAAAUAG